AUGCCUAUUUUGUGUAUUACCCCUUUUUCCCUCUUUAUUCCUUCCUCUCUUCUAGUAGUGUUUGGAGUGAUGGUGUAUUUUUUAGCGAGGGAUGUUGCAUUGUGCCUUCUGCUUGAUCAAUACGGCGAUCCUACUGUUGUGCGAAAGUUUGUUGAGGAAAGUUGGCGGGCGCUGCAGGAGAGUCAGCCUCCAUCACAGCUCCAGUACGCCCUUUGGCUCUAUCACCGUGUUGCCAAGGAGGUUCAGGCGGACGGUGCCACCACUUUAUCCACAUGUCACUUGAAUAAUGACGACAGUCAUCAUGGAAAAGGGGACGACGAGGGACGAUUGGCCUCGAUGGCUUUGAGGAUUCAAGCAGGCACGCCGCUAUCAAACGCUGUAGAGCGGCUCACCGUGCAGAAUGUCAUUCAAUGGCUUAAGAGCAUGCCGCCAUCUCCCUCAUCAUUGCCCCGCUUUGGAAGGAGUAACAAUGAGGACAAGCAUACGGACGGUGGUGUUGACAUGCGGUGUGAGACGGUGGAGCAGCUUUGGGUGUCAAAGCGUCUUCUUAGGCUAGUGCGUCGUGCCGUUGGAAUGCAACUGCGGCAUGUACUGCCACCGUCGAAGUCCACAGAUGUGAGGCCGGGGGAAAAACAUCACGGUUGUGCCAACAAUAACAACAAAAGUACUGAGGAGGAAGAGGAGGAGGAUAUUUUUAGACAUGAUUUUGCUGUGCUUGUACCGGUGCAUGUAUGCCGCUGCAUCCAAGGCCUUUCGCUGCGUCAAGUCGUUGCGUUGUGUUCUGUACAGAUUGCGGCUGUCCCACGGAGCGACAAGAACGCCACCACCACCACCACUACCACAAGCAGCAGCAGCAGCAGCGGCGACGAGAAAAAAAACUUCUCUCGCAGCUCCGCCUCGUCCCUGGGUCUUAUCAUCAACCCUGCUGUGUCGCCCAGUGAUAACCCGCACCGCAAAGAAAAGAACAGACGCAUUGAAAGUAUUCAGCAUGCCAUGAUGUCACAACACUAUCAGGACAUGAUGCGAACAGGUAGCCGCAGUGAUUCCACGCAUGGCUCUGCCCUUCAGCAAGAGAAACAGAAGGAAUCCUUUGCAAGCUUUUUGCGUGAUGCCUCCAUUGGGUUUGAUAUGCAAAUUAUGGCGCUCUCUGGUGGGGCAGCCGGGUACUACUUGGCGCACAUGCGUGGACUCCCCGCACAUGUAUGCAUCGUGUGUGGUGCCAUUGGACUACUUUUCAUGCUUCUUGUAGACGCCGUUCUCUUCACGUUGCGCAUUGGGAGAAUGGACGCGCAGACAAGAAAGGAAAAAAGUCGGCGUUGGAAGCAACUGCGAAAGCAGCACAACGGUUGGACUCAACGGAGAGAAGAAUCCGAGAAGUUGACUGGCGAUGGGGGUGAUGACGCGGACACCGUUAUGCGUGAGAAGAAAAACAACUAA